CACAGAGACCAAAGGCCCAACUGAGCGCUGACAGGAGAACUAUUCCAGCAGGGGGCAGUGUGACCCUGAGCUGCUCUGUGAACCUGUCAUCUGGUUGGAAAUACUUCUGGUACAGAGGAGAGAAAACCUCUGAACCCCUGAACACACAAGAUGCUGUCUUCAUCUCAGAUGGACAAAUCAGUGUCUCACAGGGAGGACUCUACUGGUGCAGAGGAGGAAGAGGAGACCCAGUUUACUACACAGAGGACAGUGAUCCAGUCGCCGUUACAAACAGGCCUGUUGUGACUCUGCAACCCAACUGGUCUGAAAUAUACAGAGGAGAGACGAUCACUCUGAGAUGUGAGAUCAAGGACGGAAGAGACACUGAGUGGGAGUACGAAUGGAAAACAACGAGCUCAUACAAACCUUUAAAAGACAGUGAAUACAGGAUUAGAUAUGCUUACUCAUCCCUGAGUGGAGACUACAGGUGUAAGGGCAGAAUGAAAAGUGCACAGCAGUCUUCAACAGACUGGAGUGAUCCUGUCAAAUUAACAGUAUCAUACAAUAGACCCCAGCCUGUCCUCACUGUGUCUCCAUCCUGGCUGAGUCCUGGAGCCUCAGUAACUCUGAGCUGCAGAGUUAAAGAUCCAUCUGCAGGAUGGAGGUUCUUCUGGUUUAAGGCUGUUCCCAAACUAUCAGACUACUCCUACAGCCAUGAGCUGCUACCUGGCAGCAGCAACGGGACUGAACAGGAUUCCUACAUCGUUCAUGGACAGACACACACAGCAGGAUAUAAGUGCAGAGCUGGAAGAGGAGAUCCAGUGUAUUACACUUAUUACAGUGAACCAAAGUUUGUCUGGUCUGCAGAUUUUCAUUCAUCAGCAUCUCUCACAGUGAGUCCUGACAGAGUGCAACACUUCACCUCUGACUCUGUCUCACUGAGCUGUGAGGGAAACUCUACUGAGUGGAGAGUGAGGAGGUUUACUGAGGACGACUACCCGUCAUACUCAUCAUGUCGCUCCUACUGGGGCACAAUGACUGGAUCCACAUGCAGCAUAAACAGUAACCAGCAGAGUGAUGCAGUGUACUGGUGUGAGUCUGGAUCAGGAGAGUUCAGCAACACAGUCAACAUCACUAUACAGAGUAUGGUUUCAUUAUGUUUUCUGUCUUGUAUAAAUUAUUUUUAACAUCAUAUUAUGUGUUUCAACAUACUGAAUAUUAGAUGUUGUGUACAUUUACACUGAGGAGGAUGAUGUGCUGACAUUCUGACAAGAGUUUGGCCCAUUACGGCUUCAUGGUAUCUGAGUAAUUAACCAUGAACCAAAACCUUUUAUCUAUUUACUGUAGAUUUAACAUAUUUUAUAAUACUUGAAUUUUAAUGUGAGUUUUUAAUCAUUAGUAAAUAACAUCAACAUUUAACACCUUUGUACAUAAAAAAGUUAAAAUAAGAAAAUCUCCUAUUUUGUUACAUUUUGUUGUCUUUAAUCAUUCACUUAAAAUGCUCAAGAUUUAUGUCAUUGAUUUGUUUUUUUAUUUUAAGAUUAUUACACAACAAAUAUUAUUAAAUCAGGUAGAAAAUCUGACGUCCUCUGCACUGCAGUAUAAUUCAGUCAUGUGCUGAUCAAACAGGUAAUGCCAAAUAAUUUAAAUUAAAGAAACUGACUGCACACCAGAAACUUCUGCUCUGGACCAACUUCAAACAUCUUUGGUUUUUAUUUAAAAACUGCAAACAAUAUUUCCUGACCGUGUCAAUAUUUCACCGCUGAGAUUUUUAGUGUGUGUUGCCCUUAAAACUAAAAAUUUUAACCUUCUCACUGGUAUUAUUGAUUCAGUUUCAUCCACUUUCUGUUUCAUAUGUACCCAUUAACAAAGCCAUAGACUUGACUUAUCAUCGACUGCAGUCAAACCACAAGUGUUUCCCUGAGGUUUAAACCAUUUUGUAAACCACUCCCUAAAAUCUAUACUGGCCACCAAAUCUAAUUGUUUUCAGUAACAUAGUAAGUAUUUAAUAAAACAGUGAUUUUAACCAUG